UGCCGUGUCAGCUGAUUCGCUAUUGUUUGAACCGAUUUACCGAAAUGUCAGCUUUUGGACCUCAACGCUCAUGGUAUCACAAGUUGGACGGAUAUGGGAGGCCGAUGAGACCUACGAUAGAACCAACUCCCGGGUUCUCAGCUUCCGCUGAUGCAGAACGUCUUCACCGGGCUGUAAAAGGGGCUGGAACCGAUGAACAGACGAUAAUCGAUAUCCUAGCUCACCGGACUAAUCAUGAGAGACAACAAAUUUGUGCUGCCUACCAGAAUCAAUACAAACAGAGUCUACGCCAAGAUCUUAAGGAUGAUACAAGCGGGGAUUUUCGAACUGUCUUGUGUGAGCUGGUCCACGACAUGCCAUAUUUAUUGGCAAAGGCAUUGUACUACGCAAUGAAAGGCCACGGCACCAACGAACGUGUACUCAUCGAAGUGAUGGUCACCCUGUGGAAUGACGAAAUGAAGGCGGUCGCGGAAGCAUAUAAGCAGGUCUUGAAGGAUGAGAAGAUCGAUGAAACGAUGUCAGCUAUCCCGAUGGAUAAUGUUCAUUUCUUGUUUCUUCUUCACUCAUAUCCCGGCAGGCAACUCGGUACGACGGAGCAGCGGAUUAGUAGAGUUCUAUGUGGCCGGACGACAUUCCAGGUAGCCGCCGAUGCGGAAGCUUAUGAAAAGGCUACUGGUACGUCUUUAUUGGAUGCGAUGGAAAAGGAACUGACUGGUGAUUAUCGCAAGCUGAUAAAAGCACUGAGUAAGACUGUGUUAGAGAACAUUUAG